AUGUGCUGGUUCGCCUACCUCUCGCCACAUGAAGACGUGCUCCUCGAGGACGUACUUAUCACUCCUGCCCGCAGCAUUAUGCACCAGUUUAACAUCGACGGCGUCGGCAUUGCAUGGUAUACAUGGGCACAGGAAGACUUCAUAGCAACGACCAAAAGCGGGCGGCCCGCAUUGUUUAAGACAAUCUCACCGCCCCUAAACGACAUCAACUUCCGCAGCCUAUGCCUCAACACAUCGACGCGCGUAUGCUUCGCGCACAUCCGGGCCCCAGCCAGCGGCGCACCAGCCACGGCAGUGAACUGCCACCCAUUCAUCUUCGGGCGGCACACGAUUAUGCACGCCGGGCACGUCUCGGACUACGUCUCUAUCCGGCGGCAGCUGACGCUGGAGAUCUCGGACGUGGCAUUCGCGCACAUACGCGGCGCCACCGACUCCGAGCACCUUGCCGCCCUGUACAUGACGUACCUGUGCGAGGGGCUGGACCAAGCGGGCGCCAUCGCCUGGGACGAGAAAUACCCGCUCGACCGCAUGUACGAGGCGCUCAAGCGCGUCGUCACGACCGUCAUGGCGGUGCAACACCGGGUGCUGGGCCGCGCCGCCGCAAAGGCCAAUAGCCUCAACCUCGCCGUCACGGACGGCGUGCGCCUCGUCGCUUUCCGCUUCCGCAACCAUGUCCGCGAGGACCCGCCGACCUUGUACUUCUCGACCCAUGCGGGCGUCACACUCAACAGGAAGUAUCCGGACCAUCCUGAUCAGGGUAUCGAUAACCCCGCCCCGUUGAGGCCCGUCGAGUGGUAUCCCAGACAUGUCGUCCUCGCCAGUGAACCCCUGACUUAUAAGGACGAGGAUUGGGGCCUGGUGAAGAGGAAUUGUGCCGUUUUGGUGAACGAGGAUGGCACCAUGGUUAUGGGCGAGAUUGAGUAUGAUGCUGAGAAGUGGGAUGUUCGGGAGUAGGGGUGUCUGUGGGUAGGGGAUUUGGAGACUGUAGCGAGCUAUGAUAACCUGAAGUACUGUUGUCGUGGGU